UUGUAUAACUUUAGAAAGAUUCAGAUGAUCAUGACCCUAUUAUAAGAAAUCAUUUACAGCAUGAUCACUACCGAAUAAAAAGUUUUACUUAAAAGAUUAGGAGUUUGGAUCUUCUUAAUGUCUAUAUAGGCCAUAAAUUAACCUUUGAUACUAUUAUCAACAUGGCAUGUAAAGUAUUUUUUCUACCAAAACUCAAACUAGAAGCAGAACAAAACUAAAAAUUCCACUCCAUGUAGUCCAUUCGCAUUAGUGAAUCUUUCACCAUAGUGUUUCACUAAUUGUAUUAAUAUUUAAUUUAUAAGUUCAAAAAUAAAAAAUAAAAAAUAAAAAAGUUCAUGUGAAAUUAUCAACAUUUUAAUAUUAAUAUAAUUGGUGAUAGAUUUUUAGGAGAGAUUUAUCAAUAUAGGUGUGUUUAAACUACUAGCUACAUCAUCUGGCGGUAGAGAACACAAGUUACUCAGUUUAGUUCAAGUAACUAAUAAGGUCCCAUUCUAAAACUAUAUAGUUGGAAAGUAUUUGUGGGAUGUAAUAACCGAAAAAGAAGGUGGAAAGGGACAAGAUAGUUGCAAGAGCAUUGAAUCAAAGCAAACAGCUCUUUGUCCACCUUUUUUGUCUAUCCAGCCUUUAAAGUAAAAACCCACUCACGCUUCUCUCCAAGUAGUAGUAAGUAAGAACAGAUGUCAAACAGCACUUCCCAUGUUUCUCCCAUGCCUCUAUCUCAACAUUUCAGCGACUAUGGCUUUGAUCCCCAGAUCGACUACUUUCAGGUUUUGGAAGAAGCGAGGAAGCACAAGAAAGAAACUUCGUUGAAAUCUCCCAUCGACAGUGUGCAUCAGUUCAAGCUCCAGAAGCCUAUAUCCAAGGACGACCUGAUCCGAACCGCUCUGCACAACAACAAGAACAAGAAGCAUCGUUGGUUCUUCUCGAAAAACGCUUUGCUCUUCUUCAACUGGCGGAAAUGGCGACGGCCAGGCAGUCAUUACGCAGGAGAAGGAGACGUGGAGAUGGAACUCGACGACGUUCACAUUGCGAGGGCUAGGAACUUUCGCGCCUCAUCAGUCGGACCCGGUUCGAUAUCUGGUCCGGUUUACGUGACGGAGAGCUGGAGCGGUUCGAGCACACCGUACCGGACGAUAAGACCUUCUUCUCUGACGACGACUCCAGCUGCUAUUCCAUAUAUGAGUCUACGGGAGCUUAACAUGGAGCGGCAACAGAGGAGCAGUGCAUCUUCUUCUAGGUCGGGUCCUAUUUACUUGGUCACGUGAUGAUUUAUACAUUAUCGGGAUUGACGAAAAUGAAAUAAAAUUUACGUUACAUAUUUGGGUGGGGUGUGUGGGUUAUUUAAUUUCUAAGAAGAAAAGGAAAAAAAUUAUAUACUUUUGGGGUCCAUCUGGCCCUAUUGAUUGAUAAAUCCAUUACAUAAAAGGAUGUGUUGUGUGCCUUGGCCGUGGGGGCAUUUAACAAGAACGUCGCAACUUUAAAGUU